GUAGCACCAAUAUAUUGCCUACAUAUAAGCCACCUCCUCUGCUUCAUUUCUUCAACUAAUUCAUUAUAUUUAUGUAAUGGAAGCUAACAAUGAUUACACACAAGAUGGCACCGUUGAUCUUCGUGGUCAUCCUGUCUUUGCCAACAAAACUGGCAAAUGGAAAGCUUGUUCUUUCCUUGUAGGUUAUGAAGCAUUUGAGAGAAUGGCUUUCUAUGGAAUAGCUUCAAACCUAGUGGUGUAUUUAACAAGCCAACUACAUGAAGACACAGUUUCAUCAGUUAGAAAUGUGAAUAAUUGGUCUGGAUCUGUUUGGAUUACACCACUUCUUGGUGCUUAUGUUGCUGACACUUACUUGGGCCGCUUCUGGACUUUCACAUUCUCUUCACUUAUUUACGUCAUGGGAAUGGUCCUUUUGACAAUGGCCGUAUCAAUUAAAUUCUUGAAGCCAAGUUGUGAAAAUGGAGUAUGCAACAAAGCUUCAACAUCUCAAAUUGCUUUCUUCUAUGCAUCCUUGUACAUAAUAGCCAUUGGUGCUGGUGGAACUAAGCCUAAUAUAUCCACAUUUGGUGCUGACCAAUUCGACGAUUUUAAUCCACAUGAAAAAAAACUUAAAGUUUCCUUCUUCAAUUGGUGGAUGUUUAGCACAUUUGGUGGUGCUUUACUUGCUACAAUUGGACUUGUUUACAUACAAGAAAACAUGAGUUGGGGAUUAGGUUAUGGAAUUCCUACUGUUGGAUUAAUAUUUUCACUAAUCAUUUUCUACAUUGGAACACCAACUUACAGGCAUAAAGUUAGAAAGUCUCAACAUCCUGCUAAGGACCUACUUCGUGUUCCUAUUGUUGCUUUUGCCAACAGGAAAAUUGAACUACCUAAUGAUCCUUCACAACUUCAUGAACUUGAUAUGCAAUAUUAUUUCACUACCGGGAAACGACAAGUCCAUCACACUCCAGUAUUUAGGUUCUUGGACAAAGCGGCAAUGAAACAAGACAAUGAUACAGGGUCAAGGCUACCAUGUACAGUGACUCAAGUGGAAGGAGCGAAAUUGAUCACAGGAAUGGCCAUGAUAUGGCUAGUAACCUUAAUUCCUAGCACCAUUUGGGCACAAAUAAACACUCUGUUUGUCAAACAAGGCACCACUUUGGACAGACACUUGGGUUCAACAUUUCAGAUUCCAGCAGCAUCAUUAGGAAGCUUUGUGACUCUAACUAUGCUAUUAUCUGUGCCAAUGUACGAUCGAUAUUUCGUGCCAUUUAUGCGCAAGAAAACAGGAAAUCCAAGAGGAAUCACAUUACUCCAGAGGCUAGGAACAGGGUUCUUCAUUCAAAUUCUAGCCAUCACGUUUGCUUACGUGGUGGAAGUAAGAAGAAUGCACGUCAUUAAUAUGCAUCACAUCAACGGGCCUAAAGAAAUAGUCCCUAUGACAAUAUUUUGUUUGUUGCCUCAGUAUGUGCUAUUGGGUGUUGCUGAUGUGUUUAAUGCCAUAGGGUUACUGGAAUUUUUCUAUGAUCAGUCACCAGAAGAUAUGCAAAGCCUCGGAACGACGUUUUUCACUAGUGGAAUUGGGCUUGGAAAUUUCUUGAAUAGCUUUUUGGUGACUAUGGUUGAUAAAAUUACAGGGAGUAAUGGAGGGAAGAGCUGGAUUGGAAACAAUAUGAAUGACUCACACUUGGAUUACUAUUAUGCUUUCCUCUUGGUCAUGUCUGCCUUAAAUUUGGGAGUUUUUCUGUGGGCAUCCAAUAGAUAUAUCUAUAAAAGGGAAUCCAGGGAAAUGAAGGAUGAAUUUCCAGAGUUGGAAGGCAAAGCCAUAGACCUUCUUCCUUAGAUUUGGAAGAUUAUUUAAGGAUUAAAUU